GGAACAUCAAUCAGAGGCAUACUAGGGAAACAACCCUGUGCGCGAAGGGCAGGAACUUCAACGAGAAAAGACUGUGUUCAGAAGUAUGGAACGUUUGGUACCCUUCGAACACGAGACGUCGAAGUGAAGCAAGAAGGUCGGCUCUUCUCUAGUUUUCUCUCGGAACAGGAUGAUUUCUUAAUAUUGUACUUGAGAGAGAGAAAGAGAGAGACAAUAAAAGUGAAGCCUAGCAUGUCAGAUCUCGUCCUGUAGAAAAAAAUUGAUGAAAACGCGAAAAAAGGAGCAGUAGUGAGCAAAAAAGAACUCAGUCUCAUGACAUCACUGAGUAACGACUUUUACCCCGUUUCGUAUCCUAUUUACUCUAAAGACAAUAGGACCUUUUCUUCUAGGUGAUUGUUCAAAGUGGGUCGAAUAAUUUUAGUUCAAAGCUGAAAUGUUCUAGUUUCAUUACAGUACAAUAAUGGAUAAGGAUUUGAAUUUGUUGUAGUGUUUCUAUUGCAUCAAUGAAAUCUUCAGUAUACAAUUCUCAGUAUUACACUAGCAUACUUUUUACAAGUAAAGAAUACCCACUGAAUUUUUUUCGAAAAAAAUGGUUGAUAUUCUCCAUCAGUUCACUGAUUCUCAGCGUAGUCUAAUACUGCUCUUUUGAGCUUCACGACUCAUCAAAAUUUGUAUUUACUCGUCCAUAAUUCUCUAUUUUCCUACUCCUGACUAGUAGUUUGCACGUGGUUCUUUGUCUUCAGCGUGACAACUGCUACAGAAGUGUUGGUAUACUAUAAAUAUUGAUCAUCUGUAAAGCAAAUUUGAAUGGUCAUUUCCCGUUUGUAUGCAAUUUGGCGGGUAUAGCAGGACCAGAGUCAAGCGUGAGGGCGGAUCGAAGCAUAGUCCUGUAGGUCGUGCGAGACAUUGUAGAGGAGCAUCCUCAUAUUCUACAAGUCGCACACGGGUGGCAAGCAGAAAAGCGUGUUUGUACAAGUAGUUUUCGUGAUUUCUGAAAUCAAUGUUGAGAUACUAAAAAAUCGAUUGACCUUCUUCUCUUUUUGUGAUACCUCAGAGGUUGUACGAGGAUUAGUAGUUGUCUUCCAAAAUUUGGAGCGCAGCUCUAUAUUAUAAUCUCGUUCUUGUAUUUCUGUUUUCACUUUGAACAUCAACUUCAAGUUGCCCACUUCUUGUCCGUGGAGGUUGUCUGUUGUUCUUUUUUUGUGGCUGGUUUAGUAGUCUGACUUUGUUCUGAUCGACAUCGACAACAAGCAACCAGCACAAGCGAAGUACAAGUACAAUAAGAACAGCGAAUCAUCUACGAGAAGCGGAACAGUACAAGCAUCUUCAUCCGAAGCAAGAAAUAGACGAGAUGACGUCGUCGCCGAACAAUGCUGCCUCAAGCGGCCUGCUCGUACGCAGCUGCAACUACCAUUUGCAAGGAAAGGCACUGUUGAAAAAUGUCGACUUCGACUGUGAGGCUGGGCAGUUGACCGGUAUCAUCGGACCGUCUGGCGCUGGCAAGAGUGUUCUCUUAAACAUGCUCACUUUCGGCACCAACAUGCCGAAGGAUGACGCGUUGAAAGAAUUCUUGAAGAGCAAGGCCGAAAAGGAAGACGAAGCGCGCACGGCUUGCAGACCGAGAAACUUGCUGCAGGUCUUGACGUUUUUGAAGAUACUAUUUUUCUUCAUUGAAGUAGAACCUUUCUUGUGAAGAUUACGUCACCUCCAAAUACGUCGUAUUACAGUAAGUUUUUUCUUGCAAGAACAGUUUUUGUACCUGAUACCAUCUACGAGGAAAAUCUCAACAAAUUCAGGCGGACCUUUUCUUCACCUCCGUCGGAGAGGAUGGAGCCAAGACGACGGAGAGUAUGCAAUCUUUGCAGGAUUUCACACAGCAUUGUGCCUACGUCCCAGCAGUGGAUGCGCAAUUUCCGACUCUGACGUGUCGCGAAGUGCUUGCGAACACAGCGGCUUAAGGCUCUAUCAGUAUCCAGAGAUGAAGAUUACUGAAAAAUGAAAGAAUAAGUAGCACUAGAAAUUUCCUACGCAACUACAUUAUAAGUUCUAGUAGUUCGAACAGCAUGCUUUAAGAAUAAGAUCGUAAUCGUAAGAGUAUCUAGCAGCUAGUAUGUGGAAAUAACUCUCUAAUCCCGAAUCUUAUCCAACGACACGCCCGAAGAAAUCGCUGACCGUGUCGAGGCCUUGUUGGAUUUGUUGGGGUUGCAAAAGUGUGCUGACACCAAAGUUGGAGGCUACGUUGGCAUGAAAGGCAUGAGCGGCGGGCAAAAGAAACGAUUGGCUUUGUUAUGGAAGAACACGAACAAGAACGCAUUGUAUUUUAGAAGUUCUCUCAUGAUUGUCAUUGGUAACGAAAUAAAUGCAUGGUAGGUACUCAUUGUCAUUGGUAACGGAAAUGCAUUGUAUUGCACCUCAUUGGUAACGAAAUAAAUGCAUGGUAGGCAUUGUCAUUGUCAUUGGUAACGAAAUAAAUGCAUGGUAGGCAUUGUCAUUGUCAUUGGUAACGAAAUAAAUGCAUGGUAGGUAUUGCACUUUUGUAUCUUCAUGUGAUGCCUCCAGUCGUGAAUGUUAAAUCGCUGUCGACAUCGACCAACUUGAACUUCAACUAGAGUAACCACAACUCAACAUUUAGUUUCUACCCUUCUAACACCCGGAGUCGCUUUGUUGCGUGAGCCGAAAAUCCUCUACAUGGAUGAACCCACAAGUGGAUUAGACGCAGCAGCGGCUUUUCAUGUGAUGAAGGUGAUCAAAGAUCUCGCCGAGCGCUUUCAACUUUGCGUCAUCGCCACUUUGCAACAGCCUCCAAGCGCUGUCUUCCAGAUGCUCGACAAAGUGCUUGUUUUGUCCAAGGGACAAGUGGCUUAUUCUGGCGCUCGUUCCAAAGUUCUCCCGUGGUUCGAGUCCAUUUCCCAAAAACAGUGUCCGGCUGGCAGCAAUCCCGCUGAUUUCGUUUUGGAUCUGGUGAAUGCCCGCUUCGAUCAAGAUGCGUUUCUAGAGCAGGAGUUGGAGACGGUUCCCAAAGACGAGGACGGCCCUUCUGGCUAUAAGUUAUGGAUUUGGAUGUCGAGCUCGAGGUUGAAGAAAUAUUUAAUAUAAUUGAUUGGACUUGGAUGUACUGAGGUUGCACUAUCAUCUUCGAUAAACCUUCGGCCGUUAGUAGAGGUAUCUUCCCUCGAAGAAGAAAGGUACUUCAAAAGACCAUUUCCAAAUUUGACCUCUACCUCUAAGGACCGCACAAACCACACCAACCGGUGGCGUCAAAGGUCGUGGUUCUGCCAACGCGGAUAUGCCUGGGAUCACGAUGAUGGUCGAUAAGAUCUUACUUCAGUGGUCUGUCUUACAGGCAAGCAAAAAAGCAUGGUACAACACGUUGGAUGCUAAAGGCGCUGCCUUUGCGGCAAUCGCUACUGGAGGAAAGGACGCGGUUGCGAAAGCUAAGACUUCUUCAUUUGACUCGUGAGCGUGGUAGUUUUAGAAUCUUUGGAUAUAAGGAUAUAAGGUAUCAAAAUGGGGCUGACAGGACGACGAUAGCGCCGACGCUUAGUUAGUUUUAGCAGUUAACAAUAACAGGAUACUUUAGGAUACUUGUUGAUAGUUGCCCUUUUCUCUUUUAUAUCUUCCUCUGGUCUGUCUUUUUUCUAGUUAGGUCGGCUCCACCACAAAGAUAUAAGGUAUCAAAAUCUUCAAGUUGUAGUAGUAUUUAACUAAAUCGACGAGGAGUACGACGAGAAAUAGGAUUCAUUUCCAACAUCACUGCUGCUUCUAAGAAGCAAGACGAGCAGCAAGUUUACGAGCACGCUUUGAAAGCGGUUCCGCGUAAAAACGUGAGUACGAAGGCGUCGCGUCUGCGUGCAGUCAUGAAGAGGGAGUGGAAGAUUGCUACCACUGAUCCGAUCUUGUAUUUGAUGCGGGUGGUCAUCAUGUGGUUCACGAACGUGUUUAUGAUAGCGCUGUGGUGGGAAGGAAGAGAUUACACCGUCGAAUUCGUCAUGUCCAAAGUUUGGCCGUUGAUGAUGGUAUUUUAUUAUUUUUUCCAUUUUUUUAGAUUCAUACAUCGUCUUGAUCUUCUUCAUUAUAACAAAAAAAAAACUAUCUCCUUAGUCGUGUCAGCUCCAACAAACAGCAUCUUCACGACACACCACAGAUCCUGACGUCCAACUCGAUCUAUUCGAUUGUUUGCGUCUAUUUCUACAAGCAGACCUUUCCGGUCGUUUCCCAAGAGAUUCGCAACGGGUGCUAUUCGACCAUGGAUUAUUUGUUUGCCGUGAAUCUGGUGGCGAUCCCGGCUCAUGCCAUACUCGCGGCCGUGUCGAUGUAUGGUUCCAUCUACGUGCCUUGGUAUGGCAAUUGGAAUCUGGCAACCAGUCCAUGGGGGUUCAUCACGCAAUUUCUUUAUGGCCAGUGUCACUGAGUGAUGAAGAAAAUACAAAGCAAAUUUUUAUACUAGUAGCUAUGUAUGUUGUCGCUAUCCGUAUCGCCUACCCCUACGCUACUUGCAUUGAUGAUGAAAAAGCUAGAGCAGACCUUCUUCAGUCCCUCUUGAAGCUAGCCCUUUCCAUCAUAAUACUUUUCAAAAUUUCUAUUAAGUCAGGAAUAUUAUAGUUCUUCUUGUUCUUACUCUUACAGGUGCUUCACUACCACUACCACUAGCUCCUCCUCUUCUUCUUACAGCUGCUUCACUACCACUACCACUAGCUCCUCCUGUUCUUCUUCUAAUCAGAGCUGAUUCAGAUUUUCGAUGCCGUCGCGAGGGCCAGUAGCAUGAUGGGGCAUAUUGUGAUCGGCUUUGGAAGCAUGGUGCAGUUCUGGUACGCUUCGUUCUUAUUUUGCGCCAUGUUCUUGGAGCCGGAGUUGGUUCCGUGGCCUUUCCGGUUCUUCACCUACGUGUCGCCUCAUCGUCACGCCUUUCCGUUGUUCAUCUACUUAUGAAUGUGAAAGAUUCUCUCCUCUUCGACGAGUCCCUCUUGGUUCUCGUUGUAUUUUUCUCUGUUGGAGUCCUACUUCUCGGUUCAACAUCUCGCUGUUGUAGAAGUUGAUCAAUGAAUUAGUAUUUAAGCUGCUUUGUUCAGCUUCUAGUACUACGCUACGCCUACGCUAGAUCAGUCAACACAACGACCCUCCUGUAAGAAGUUAUCUCUAUCUCAUUGAUCAAGGUAGUAUUCCAAAGACCUUCUCCCUUCCUCGUCUAAUCAAUCCUGAGUUCUCUGAGCAGGACAGCUGGGAGGGUGCGGAUCGAUGCGCUGCUUUGGACUUGGCUCAAGUUGCACUGGGCACUGUCACGCCAGACGCAGCGUGCAUCUACCCGGAUGGCUAUGGCAUGGUGGGUUACAAAUGUCCGGAAGCAGCCUCGAAAAAUUUCAACUGCUGGGGAAAAUCCGGGAAAGAGGUAUUCUUAAUCUUAAAUUACGAGUUGUAGCUUUUUCAUAUUGUCGAUUGUCGUCGAACUCGAAGGAAACUAAUGUAGUAAUCCUAAGUAGUACGUAAGUAGUAGACUAUCUUCCUAAGCAAUGCUGUCAAUCUUCAUGUCAUCCCAUGCACAUCACAGAUUCUUCGUUCUCUCAAAGCCUUUUAUCCUGCUGUGGACACGACUUAAGGCAGAGUGUGUAGUCUUUCAUCAUCCAUUGUGAGGCGUCGUGAGUGGAAUCCACCUUCAUCCCCCUUGAAGAUCAUCUCCUUAAAUUUAUUUUAUUCCGAGGCUAAUAGAAAUAGAGUAGUCUCCUUCCACUCAUAAUUCAUGUAUUUUGAGGGGAAGGUGGAUGAGGGAUGAAAUCAUUAUGACUGCUACUCACUGGAGUGAGAACAAAGCCAUUCACUCGGCGGCACCAGGACGUUGAGCACUGAUGACUAGAUGAUAGACUACUCAAGUACAAAUUCUAAGGUAUGGAUGAGCACUUGGGAACACGUCUGAUCGGUCUGGUUGCUGUUGCCUUCUAUUAAGGGUCGUUUCCACUUUGCAUCCUUCACUCGUCCCAUCCUUGACUUAUCUUCCAGUGGGAAAGAGGUCAAGGAUCAUGAUUCGAAGAAUGCAAUGGCGGAACCUCUAACUUCAUUUCUCGCUCGUCCACUGCUUCCUCUUCACCAAAAAUGUGUGGGCUUCUGCGAAGCUCAGCGUAUCGGGACAAGGACCGCCCAAGGCUAUGGGCGGUAAUGUGAAGAAUAUGGCUUCCUCUUGAAGAUGAACUACUUAUACCACUUGCAGCUGUGUGUAUGAGUACGUGUGUUGUAGGGAAAAAUAUUUAAAGAUACAUAGAUACUUGUUUUUGCUUUUUUCUUAGUGUUCUCGUUUAGAUCUUAGCUUCAUUGUAGGGGUAGUUCUAGUCCUACUACUGAUUACCGUCUAUUCCUGUUAUUAUCAUUAGUGGUAGUAGUGCUUUAGCUUUUCUAGGAGGAGGUAUCGUCUUUCGGCUCCAUAGCUCCAUCCUGCCUCCUUAUGUGGUCAUGUUUGUAUUCCUGUCGUGAUUCAACUUAAUCACCUAGGAUACUUGUAUCACUACAUCAUGGAAGUUCUGAAAGAGAAAAACAGCCUGCUCCUUGUCCACUUCCUCCCCACCUUCAUAAAACAAGAAGCAGAGGAACCUGCGUCGACCGAGGUCGUAAAUGUCGACGUUGUGCCGUCCCUCAAGGAAGGUGAGUCUGCUGCUUCCACCGAUGCCAGUGGCAAUCCGCCUGUGCCCGCUUUGGAUACCGAGGCAACUAAGCGACAGCAGAGUAAACAGUAAGGCCUCCACGUACUGCUCUAAAAAGAUUCUACUUAAAAUACUGAGUAUGUAAUGGUUUGAAGUCGUCCCUAACCUCAACAUGUCUCUGAUUUCUAGAUGAUAUUUCUACGCGAUCAAGAAAACCUUAGAUGAUCAUGAAGUCAUGCUAUGAAGACAGAACUACUAGUCAGUGGAAAAUAGUCUUCUGAAAUUAGUACUAAAGUAACUUCUGAGUACUCGUCGUACUCCUUCCCCCAAGUAAGAUAGAUGAAACAGAACCAAGUACAACGGAAGCCCAUCUGCUAUUCUAGCUGGAUGAUCCCAGUAUCAUGUCCUAUCGUCCUACAUCAUGGUCAUUUACAUAGCUACUUACGCUCUUCUAAGUCCCAUCCGAAAUCAGCGAAGCUGCCGCCGCUCUGCAUCAGAUUCGUGCUUACAAUCCAGAAAACGCCGUUUCUUUCGCUUGUGAGAACCUGUCAGUGCAGAUCCGCAAGACGGGCCAGCUACUGGUCAACUUAUGAGCUUAGUAGGCUUAGGCAUUGGCAUUGCAUCUCCAUCAGUGUUGAGUCAUCACAUCUGUAUCUGAGAGAGAAAAGAAGGAGCGAAGAAGAAAAAGGCACGACUUUUCACGACCCAGGUGAAGUGAUCUCUGAAACAGAUGCAUUCCCUAUAGAGACAAACCAUUACUCACACUCAAAAACCAAACACAUUGUGAGUGUGAGUAAAGGUUUUCCGUCUAUAUUCCCUCCACCCAGAUCUUGAGCUGUGAGAUGCAUUUGCAUUUCCAGGUCAUCUACCUCUAAUAUUCAAGGUGUCAGUGCGCGCGAGUGGCGGACAGCUCUUCGCGAUGCUGGGUCCGUCGGGUGCUGGUAAGACGACCUGGCUCGAUGCAGUAACCUUCAAUUUGGCAGGAAACCUUAAGGCUCUCUGGUGAGAUGUAGUAGUGAGUCGAGGUAAUAUCCCAUGCAUGAUCCUAUCCUAUGCAUAAUAAUUCUAGCAUGGGCUUUUAGUUCUACAAGGAGCUCCUUUUGAUGCAUCCGUUUUCCACAUCCCCCACGACCUCCUCUAAUCCUCUGGAGAUGAAGGCUGACAACAUGCUGGUCAAUGGCCGCCGCAUCACGAAGCUCGAGGACCUCCAAAAUGAUUGCGUCUAUGUGCCGCAACACAUCCUGCUGAUCCCUACGCUUACGUGUCGCCAAAACCUGGAAUUCACUGCCAAAUUGGUUACCGGCUGCACCUCGAGUGAGGAUCCGAAGGUGCAAAGUAUGGUCGAUGACAUGUUGCCGAAGAUGGGUCUUGUGGAGUGCCAAGAUCAACAGGCUGGUGGCCUUUUGGGAAACAGCGGACUCACACCGGGACAAAAUUAUGCUCCUCAUAGAUGGCGCUAAUUUAUUCGAAAACUCAAAAUAAGCGAGUUACUGACUGAAAUAAGGGCGGAGGUAGCUCUAGCGGGCUGCUCUUCCUUGCUCACUCAGUAUCUCGGUUAUUCUGAUCAGUUACUUGCUUAUUUCAGUUUAUCGAAUACACUGAUUCAGUGAAAAAUACACGACAUUCUUUGCGUAUUAUACAGUUAUGAUUCUUCAGAAGCAAAAAAGAAGAAACGAAGUUAUUUCAUCGAUUAGAGGACUCGAAAUGAAACGUGAUGUUCCUAUUGUAAGGUCUAAGUAGUAAAAAGAGUAUAGCGUGCUCCUAUUCUUGUAAGGUCUAAGUAGUAUAUAUUAUAAGGUAAGUGGUAAAAAGAGUAUAAGUAUAUUAAAAAACCAAUCAAUGCCAAUGCACCACCACCGCUAUACAACCAUCUAAAACAAAAAACGUCUCUCGGUCGCUUGUGCGUUGUUGAAGUCGCCCUCAAUUGUGCUGUUGGACGAGCCGACUACUGGACUGGACUCUGCGAGCGCGUUUGUGAUGAUGUACUAUCUCCGUAAACUUGCUGCUGAGCGCAACAUGCUAGUGGUUUGCACGAUUCAUCAACCGAGUUUUGAACUCUACACUUUGUUUGACGAAAUUGCGAUUCUUAAGGCUACAACAACCACUAGUAAUAGUAAAGCAUGUGGUCCUUAAGUACCACAAGUAAUAGUAAAGAUUCUAAGGAACACUAGUAAUAGUAAAGCAUGCGGUCCUCAACAAACACCAUGAUGAUCCUUGGCGUUGGCUCUUUAUCUUUUUCUACUUACUUGAACAAGACGCCAAGGAUGCUACAGCAUCCUCAACAUCAACACCAUGAUCGAUCGCUGGCUCUUCUUUUUCUGCUCGAAAAAGAAGCUUCUCCCAAGGAGUAUAUGACUCCCACAGAAGUAGAUGCCAAUGCGGUAGCUCUAAGAUUCUGGCUGCUGGUAACACUGCAGUUUGCUGUCCCCGCUCUAGCGUCAAGAGCCACUUCGACAGCAUCGGCUAUCCAGUCCCGGCCAUGACUAAUUUAUGUUUUUGUUUUUAAUGUAUGCAGCUUUCCUUAUCUAUCCAUUUGAGCUGUAACCUAGUAUAUAUAGUCUUUAAUAGAAAUUGAAGAAACAUCACAUUCACGACAAUUAUCUGACUUUUUUAUCCUUGCACACAGUUGUUAGUCCUCGUCGAGACGAUCACUUGAUCAUGAGUAACUACAACAGUCCGUCGCUACACUGGUCGUAAAUUCACGCUGCUCCUCCUGUGACUGAGACUCUGUGCUGCUAGCUAUUUCUUAUUGGUGACGUGCGCGGUGGCCAGAAUGUAGUGGGGAUUAGUUUACCAACACAUAUUUAUACCUAGUCCUUUCAUCAUCAUGUCCACCUGUGUGCUGAUAGCUAUUUUUUAUUGAUGACGACCCACCAUGGUCAGCUUUCAUACUUUCCAGCCGAGUACUACCUGGAUCUGGUGAACGCUGAUUUUUCGUCGAAGGAGCAACAGGAAAAAAUCUUGGCGUCUUGGAAGACUAGCAACUAUAAUGAAAUAGCAUUAGCUGCUACCACGAAGGGAGCCGCUUCUCCUACCAAUUCCACUACCAGUCAAACAUCGAAGAAGGAGACUGCCAGUGCCUUCACUCUGUUCCGCAUUUUGCUUGCGCGAGAGAGCUACGUGACCCUUUGCUGCGAUCCAACGUGCUACAUUGCGCGCUUUUUAAGGCUCACGCUGCUCCUUUUAUUUUCUAAUGAACCCUCUUCCUUGAGAACGAACACGCAACUUCCAGAGACUACUUUUCAAGAAAGGGAAAAGGGCUCUUUUUCUUGUUAUACUAGAAACCACAGGUGAAAGUACUUCUACUUCUUAUUUAACAUCAUUCUUUCAUGUCAAUAUACAAGACCACUUUUUUUCGAAGUUUUUACUUAUCUCGAGAGUUUCAACAUCGCUUCCACUUCCUCGUCUUGUGUCCUCAUCCAUAGCUCUAAUCUUUCCUGUCUACCUGUUUACCUGUUUGUUCUUUUCCGUGGCCUACGCCGGACAUUGGGAAGUGAAUCAGGAGAAUGCGAUGUUCAAAGCCUGGCUCAUGGGAUGGUGCUUGUGUUAUGAAAAACUGAUGGUCGUUUUGAAGAUAUCUGAAUUAGAGAUGAUCAUGAGGCCUGCAGGCAGAGAGAAGCGGAAACUAACUGCAACAGCAGAGCUUUAUUUAUAAAAAGUGAGCGAGGAGUCACUCGUCGCGCUUCCAACACGAUAGAGAGACUCUACAACUCCUAGAUAAAAAGCACAGACAAUAUCACUCCACCGCUACUCCCACCUCCUACUCGGACUUCUUCUAAUCCUCCGGCGCUACUUUAUUCGCUGCUCCGGCAACGUUGUACUUGUGUCAAGGUUUUGGUUUGGUUAAAGCAGAGAUCCGAAAUGGCUACUACCCAGCCUGGGCCUACCUUGUGGCGGUUACCAUUUUAUGCUUGCCGAUCUGCUUUCUGCUGACACUCAUCACCACGCUUUUGCCGGUGCAUGCCGCGGGUACUGAAAAGAUUCUAAGUGAGUAAACUGAACCUAGAGAUACCAUUAGAAAUGAUUUUCUCUUCUACUAGUGUACUAGGAUUAGCAUAGAACUAGAAGUUAGAUGUCCUAGAAAAAUAUCUUCUACCACACAUGAUAUCUACAGGAGCCUAGAAGGACAAUAUACUGUAUCUUCCCCACAAGUGAAGCUGCUCAAGAUCAAUGAUCACACAUCCACACCCACACCUCUUCAUCAGGUAACAUCUGGUUUAAAUGGGGAGCUUACUCGAUGAGCAUUUUAAACCUGACGGUCUACUACAUCGCCUUCGAGUUCUUCUGUCACUUGGCGUCGGUGUUGAGCCAAAACAUUCUUGUCGGACUACUUGCGGUCAUUGUUUAUUGGUACUUUUUCUCAUUUCUUCGACUUCUUGGUGUUUGAGUGGCCUUAGAAAUGAUUCUGUAUCUUUAAUACUUGAGCAUGUAACUUGUAAUAUCACCCUCGGCCUCGUCAUGGUUUAUUCUCAGCUGCGUCUUCGCCGGCAACUUAUCGUGGCGCCGAUACCUUGAGAGAGCGUGGUCGUCCAACUGAAGAUUUGAGAGCGGAAGUAAAAGAUAAGUCCCACCGCCUCCACCACUUCAUAAAAAAAGGUACACCGCCUUCCUCUUCUCAGCAAAUAAUUCCCACCGCCUCCACCACUUCAUAAAAAAAGGUACAACGCCUUCCUCUUCUCCGGAUUGCUGAUCAACCUCGAUGA